GCGGGCCCCGAACCCGGCGGCGACUCAGACAGACCAACAAACAAUCAUAAUUAGCCCUUAUUAUAAGUGCAGUUGAGUUCAAGUUGACGGGACACCGGAGCACACGUGGUUGCCUCACCUGAGAGCGGCCGGCGACAGGCCCCGGGCGAAGCGUCAAAGGAGAUUAGGUUCGUUUACACAGCUCUGUGUCUCACAGCCGAGUUCGUGUAGCCUUGAAGAUGGCUUGGGGAUAUUGGUCAGCGUCAUCCGUGCUCCCGGACCGUGGGAGAAGUCCAAGACGGGCUGGGACUUCAGUGGUACACUCCCAUCCCAACCCGCCCACUGCCAGAGAAGUUAUGGACGCGCACGAUACCCAUGAAAGUAUAAUCCAUACGGCUUCCACAUCCAGAGAUAGUAGAGACCAUUCAGCGUCUCCGCAUUCUUCAUCGAACGGCGGACACUCACACCAUCACGAAAUUCGACAUGCCGUGCCCGCUAGUGCGCUAUUUGGGGAGAGCUACGGAGAUCUUUCUAGAAGACCAUCACUAGACUUAGGAUCAGUCCGCAGUGCUUUAGCUUCGUGUUCCGGCGGAGGGACAUUAAGUGCCGGUUCGACGUUAACACGCGGGGGAACACUGGCUGAUUACCUGCCGCCGACGCCCUGUCCUCACCAUCACCGCGUGUACGUGGAUCAUCACAAGCACUAUGAAGCUCCGAUUCAGCCGGUGCACGUGGGCGUGCCUCAUCACUCCCAUUCACACUCGCACUCUCACGCUUCCAGCAGGCACCAUACCGAUGACGAGGACGACUUAGAGCCGGCAUACGCUACAGUGUUCCCCAACGUACCCGCGGCGCCGGGGAUGCCAUGCGCCGGAGAGGACAGAAGCAUAUACCGGCGGGGCGCGCGCCGCUGGCGGAAGCUGUACCGAGUCAACGGACACAUCUUCCAGGCCAAGCGGUUCAACAGACGCGCUUUCUGUGCCUUCUGCCAAGACCGUAUCUGGGGUUUGGGCAGGCAAGGCUUCAAGUGCAUCCAAUGCAAGCUGCUGGUUCACAAGAAGUGUCACAAGCUGGUGCAGAAACCGUGCUCCAACGAGCACGUGGACCCGAUCGAGGUGAAGGACGAUACCAACGGGGAGACACUCGGUCGAGCUUCUUCUGUCAGGUCUCGUGCUGAGCCGGAGCCACCUCUGCCGGAGACUCCCCCCGCUCCUCUCUCCACGGUCCGGAAUGAGGAUCUGGAGCCAGGCUCACAACGGCAGUACUCGCUGGAGGACUUCGAACUCAUCAGGGUGAUCGGGCGAGGCUCCUAUGCUAAGGUGCUGAUGGUAGAAUUGAAGCGAACUAAGCGGGUGUACGCCAUGAAGGUGAUAAAGAAGGCUCUCGUGACGGAUGACGAGGACAUCGACUGGGUGCAGACAGAGAAGCACGUGUUCGAGACAGCCUCCAACCAUCCGUUCCUGGUGGGUCUACACUCCUGCUUCCAGACGCCCAGCAGACUAUUCUUUGUCAUUGAGUUCGUGCGCGGCGGAGACCUCAUGUUCCACAUGCAACGACAGCGUCGUCUGCCCGAGGAGCACGCGCGGUUCUACGCUGCGGAGAUAUCUCUAGCGCUGCACUUCCUGCACGAGCGUGGCGUUAUCUACAGGGACUUGAAGCUGGACAACGUGCUGCUGGAUCACGAGGGACACAUCAAACUGACAGACUACGGAAUGUGCAAGGAAGGAGUUCGGCCUGGAGACACAACGUCGACGUUUUGCGGAACACCGAACUAUAUCGCACCAGAGAUACUCCGCGGAGAGGAAUACGGCUUCUCGGUGGACUGGUGGGCGCUGGGGGUGCUCACUUACGAAAUGUUAGCAGGGAGGUCGCCCUUCGAUAUCUCUCACGCCGCUGACAAUCCUGAUCAAAAUACUGAGGAUUACCUGUUCCAGGUUAUAUUGGAGAAGACAAUUCGUAUUCCCCGUUCACUAUCGGUUAAAGCAGCUUCUGUGCUGAAAGGGUUCCUCAACAAGAACCCGGUGGAGCGGCUGGGCUGCGGAGAAAACGGAUUCCUGGACAUCGUUAAUCACCCGUUCUUCAAGAGCAUCGAAUGGGAAAUGCUGGAGCAGAAACAAGUAGUGCCGCCGUUCAAACCUCGUCUGGAGGGAGAGAGGGACCUCGCCAACUUCCCUCCAGAGUUCACAGAAGAACCCGUGCACCUCACGCCUGAUAAUGAUACGGAGAUAGCAGACAUUGACCAGUCCGAGUUCGAGGGCUUCGAGUACGUGAACCCACUUCUGAUGUCGCUGGAGGACUGUGUGUGACGUCACGCCUGCCUGCUGCACCCGCACGAGCACACGCAGAUAUACGGGUACGGCGAGUCGUCCUCCUCCGACUAUGACUCCGUGUGCUCGGAGCGCGUGACCCGCAAGCCCACGCUGCUGCAGCACAUGUUCUGCUUGCCGCUCAACUGACGCGACACGCAGACAUACACACACACACACACACACACACACAGACACACGCAACGCAACGCUACACCAACGCGCCCUCACCCUCACCCACACACACUGCAACAUCAACCUUUUAGACGAAAUUCAUCCCACGCCGUGCUACAUACAAACCGGGAAGUAACACGACACGAAUCCGGUUUUACCCAGCAUUCAGACCGGCGAACAAAUUAACUUGUAUCCCGGGGCGUUGUACUACGUACAAGCCAUGACGUAAUGCAACACAAAUCCUCUUGUAGCCAGUAUUCUGAGCGGGGAAUAAAAUCAUCCGUAUCCCGGGAUAUAGUACAAAGUCCAAACCAGGACACGUUUCAACCAGUUUAGCAUCUUAUCAGGAAUACAAAGAAACACGUAUCAAAAGAUACAAAUCGGUAUGUAUCCUGUACUACAAAUCAGAAUACAAACCGAGUUAUUAAUCGAUUUGUCUCUUUUGAUUCGGAUCAAUACUCACCAUAGAGCGCAGGACUCAUCGUAUAAACCAUAUCAAUAUUUAUCUCACAGAUUGAUCAAUAAUGGAUCUCAAUAUACAGUAUCUAACUAUUCUCCGUUACAAGCCAAACACUUCUUCAAGCGUUUCAACCAUGCAACCCCAAACUGCAGAAAGGAAUAUAUUUUAUACAACUCCAAACCUGUCUUUGGACAAUUUGUAUAAUCCAUAUCCGCAACGCGUAGCCCAUGACAGUAUACUACAGAUUUCGCCAGAUUAUGAGCGAAUUAAUGAUUCCGAACAUUUCAAAGAUACAUAUAAUCGCGGGACGAUUUAUUACUAUUUCGAGGUUGGUUGUAACAUAUUUUCAGGAAUACUUAACCGGAAUCAAUUCAGAUACUCAACAACAAAUUUCGAAUCAUUGCCAGCAUGUUUCCCAGGACAACCAGCAAUAAUUUGUCCCGAAUUUAUGCGACUAAUUAUCUUUAUCUAGUUUAAUCGUUCUACUUUGAUUCCAAUAUAAAAUCUAUAACUACCCUCUUAUUCUAAACACUUUCUAUCUUUAAUAAUCACACUCUUACACUUUGUUAUUUACUAUCAUUGUGUGCGUGAACUUGGUGUACUUACUAAACAUAUUUAAUGUAAGUUUUAAUUUAAUUAAGUAUUUAUUCAUUUAAAGCGCGUACAAUUGACUUUAGUGUGUGUGAAAUACAAUGUGGAGGAAAUAUUGAAAUUAUUGUAGCAGAUUGGAACACGUCUGGUGCUAAGUUGUGUUGCUAUGAUAUUUAGUGCGAGGGAGACAGCUAUAUGAACGAUAUAAAUGGUUAUAAAAGUGAUCAAAAGUUAACUCAUCUAAUAAUUAGAAUAUAAUUCGAGUUUUGUAUAUAUAAUAUGGAUAUUUAUCUAAUAUUCGUGUUACGUAGCUGUUUCUAGAAAUACACAAGUUAUAGUAUCUCACUUUACUACUGUAUAUAUACAUACAAUAUGACACUUUUCCUAUUACGAUAUUCUACACUUAAUAUAAUAUCCAAAGUAGAUAGUACUUUGUCACCGAAGCGCUUUUUUGUAAAUAAAUGUGAUUUUCAAAAUUAUGCGUAGAUAUGUAAUAGCAUUCCAUUUAAUUGAAUAAAGUAUGUAAGUAUUGUUAAAUUAUGUUGUAAAUGCCGUUCGUUUGAACUUCGUACUUUAUGUUCGCGAAGCAAAGAGUAUUUAGGGCGUGCCGGGAUAAGAAAGUUAAUAUGAGAAUUACAACGGGAAUCAAGUGAUUAUAUUUAUAAAAAAUGGAUUUGUUAGUAAAUGUAUGCGGAUUGUUUAUCACGAGUGCUUAGCUGGUUGAAUAAUCAGGUUGAGAUGAAACAUACGUUCGAGGCGGGGCCUGUGUGCUAGUGAAUCGAAAAACCAAACAAAUAAAUACAAGAAAUAUACCGUAAGUUCUCUCCGCUUCGCGACUCGUCAUUCAAGCUUCAAGCUAUGGAAGAGCGUCUUCUGAAAGCAUUGUGUAAUAUGUGUAUAUCGUGGAUUAUAUAUGAUAUUUAAUAUAAUAUAUGGAUAUUGAUGGCGGUCGGUCCGCAUCAAGGCACGUAAGGAAUUAAUAGUAGUGACGUCUCCGACGCGAAGUGCGAUACGCGCUCGCUGGGGAAUAGAACGUAGAUUAUAAGGGCCGGAGCACACUUCGUUCUGUAUGAUAUUGUUUCGAAUUCGAGUCUCAAACAGAAUAUUCUGUAUAUCCUGUUUAAGGGCUCUUAACGAUAUCGUGUAUAUUAUAAAUACAACAUAUAUACAGGAACAAAACAUAAGUACAAAAUAUAAUGUGAUCCCGCAAAAAAUGUAAUGUGAUCCUAAUUGGGGAAAUAAAAUAAAGCAGGUCCUAAAAUUCCUUAAUUAAGAUUAAAUUUUUCAUAUAGGUUCACUGAAAUCAUUCUCAAGAUCGAAAUUUGUAUGGUUAAUUAAUUGUGAUAAAACGAUUGUUAUUAACACCUGUAAUCAUAUUAUUAAUUUAAAUCGUAUUAAAACAUCUUGGCUGACCCCGCGAUGAAGGAAAACAAUUUUUUCUCGAAAAUCAAAAUGUGCCGCUCGAUAGUGUGUUACUGCCCUAAGCUAGUGUUAGCUGCUUCGUAGCAUCAAAGAUAGUGGCGUUAUAUCAAUGAUCAACAAUCGCUUGGAUCCGAUAUUAUGAUACUUUCAUUUUAAUUCUCUUUUUAUUGAAAACUAAAGUUUUGGAUCAAAUAUUUUUUUACUACAAUUGAUUCAUAAAUCCUUUUCGCAACUGAAUAAAUGGUUUUAAUUAUAAUUAAAUGUAUGUACAUGUAUUAUUAAUAUUGCGAUUUUGUAAGUUCGAAUAUUGAUAUUUUGAAAUCGUUGACGAUAUUACAAUUUUUACUAGUAAUACUCUAAAUCUAUAUAUAUUUUCAUGGGAGUACUAUAACUUAUAGUUACAUACCUAUAAAUUGUAGAUAUCAAUUUGUAUAAAUUUUCUUUGGAAUGUUUUCACUUUUCAAGCAUUAUGGUACGUUGUAUUCAAGUAUUGUUGAUCUAAGUAUUAUAAUAUAUAAUUAAGAAGACGUGAUAAAUUAACGUUCUUAUAGUGUAAACAAAAUUCUAAAUAAAUUAAAGAAUCAUUGUAAAUUGUUAUGACACGACCUGUAUGACGUCGCCGUCGAUAACUUCUUAAGAUAAAUAACAAUCUCUAAAGAUAUAGUAAGAUGUUGUGUUUUAUGAAUGUGUAUUCAAAUAAUACCUCGUAAUAUUUAGCCUUAUAUUGAUGUUUGGCAUCGAAUAGUUAUUAAUCCCUUCCUAUCGUAGAAACUUUUCCCCCUUAAAAUCGUUAGGUAGCCAACGAAUUUUAUAAUUAAUUAUACUUUAAAUGAGCACUGAUACUUAUAUAUUACAUUGUGGUUGAAGUAGAAACGGUGUCCUGUCUGUAUGUUUGUGUAACAUCACAUGGGCAUUACUUGCACAUUGGUAAAUAAGUCUCCUUAAUGGUGAUAAUGUAUUGUAUCGAUUAGCCUCUGAAAACAUAUUUUUCUGUGUAUUAAAUAUUAAUAUUAAUUGAUCAUCUUCCAAAAACCUACAAAUAAUGUAUGUUUACAAGAGUAAAUAUUAAUAAAAACCCAAAAGUUAUAAAAAUGGUAAGAAUUGGGUUUUGAAAAAAAUACUGUAAUAACAAACUAUAGGCGCGUACACCUUUCUAAAAGGCUGGCAACGCUCCUGUCAUUCCUCUGGUGUUGCAGGAGAAUGUGGGCGGCGGUGAUCGCUUAACAUCAGGUGACCCGUAUGCUCGUCAGGAAGACCUCAUCCAUAAAAAAAAGAAAACAUUAAAGUAGUAAAAAAAUGUACUUAAAAUUCAGUACAUGGUUAGGUACUAUUAGCUCCGUCAGUGAGUAAAAUAUGAGACGAUGAUUGAUUAACAUAUUACAAUUAACAUAUUCUAUUAUUAGAUUAUUUACACGAUGUGCAGAUUAGUAGAGACUAUUAGAUAUUUGCACGUUAAUUUAGAAAUUUUCUCCGCGCUAGUAACAAUUCUUUUCCGUUUAACACAAAUACUAAAUCGUCGCUUCCGGUCGUUGGUAAAUGCGUCGUGUCUCUCUGUGGGUUGAUGAGCCUGUGUUGCGUUGCUCUGUACCGUUAUUGCGUCGUGCGAUGUUAUGUAUAGAUUCCUUAUUUUAAGUUUAGUUUUUAAAUCGAAUAAUUUUAUUUAUCAUUCCAUUUGUGAGGAGAUAACACAUCACAGAUUAUAUAUUACAUUGUGGCUAAAAUGUCUGUGCUGUUAUGACGUAGUACCAACAUGACACACAUAUAUUUUCGAUUACUAAAGACUGACAUGUCAAAUGUUACGUCAAAUGAGACUUUGACAAGUUUGUUGUUAAGAAUUGGCGUUUCUGAAUAUCAGUCACUGACCUCUACUAUAUACCACUGGACUGGCGGCUGUCAAAGUGCUUUUGUGCUUGUUUGAUAUUCGCCAUUUUGGCGCUGUUGGCCAUGUAACGAGAGUGUGGUACUAAAACUAGUGUUGACAAUGUAAUGGACAACAUACAUGGUGUGAAACUAUUUACACAAAAAAAGUGAACUUUAUGUUGAUUCUUUAAGUAUAAAAAACACGGAAAACGAACGAAAUUAAUUCAAAAUGUAAUACUUCAGAGUAUUGUACAUUCCUUCGCAGCCAUUUGUAUUAUAUGUCAAUAUUAGUUCUCAGGACGGUCGCGAGUGGCGCUUCGAAUAGGCACAAACAAUUUGGUAUUCAAACAUAUGGAACAGCCUGUCCAGUGGUAUUUAUACACGUCAGUGAUAUCAGUGUAAAGUGUAAUAUGCGACGAGCACUUUAUUUUUGCUAUAUUGUACUAAUCGCAUGACGAGUAUUAUAUUUAAUGUCGCUAUAGGUUUGAUAUGUUACAAAUUAGUUAGUUUUGCACGUUCUAUGUUAAGUUGUUUGGUUCGGAGCGCGGAAGCAGUUAGUGUGUAAUAGUUACGAUUGUAGCCGCAGGUAACUCGGCGAAGCUUGGUGCGUGAAUGCGAAUGUCAAAUUAGACUGGUGAACUUGAGAAACUGUACUAUUCUAUGCUUAAUGGAAAAUAAAGAUACAUUAAUCAGAA